CUAUUACACACAAACAAUUAUCGUUUGUUCAACUCCUCUUAACGUUUACUAUCUGAGUUGGUUGAAGUUAGCCCGCUGUCGCUAAAUUUCAAAAUCUCAUAUUCUUUGUUACCAAUUCUAUCAUUCUUCUAUAAAGACCAUGUUGAUGCGCCUGGUCAUUCUGUCUGCGAUAGCAGCAGUAGUUUCAGCAGACAGCCUUUGCUGGUACAAUUCUGGCUCGAACGCUGCACUUACUAUUGGCUGCUGCACUUCUGGCAGCUGCCCUUCUUCUCACAGAGGUGCUACUUUCAGAGGGUCUUUACAGGCGAAUGACUGUAGUAGUGCAGGUCGUUGCUAAUAGGGGUUAACUGUGGGUCACAUAGUGUCGCGGUAAAGCUUAUUUAGCUAUGAAGCUAAGUAAGCUUGAGUCCGGAUGUUGAAGGUGACGGAGCUUACAUGGAUCAAUCUUAUCAUGCCAAGUAUAUACAACACAGAUAGGAGUUACACAUAAGGUUGUGGUACUUUACAUCUCCGACUAUGUAGAUAGAAGCUGCGUUCGAGCUCUGAUGGAGCUCGACAGGCAAUUUAUCUCCC